GCAAAUCACAUGCACAAACACAUACAUACACCACUAGCUGCAUCGCUGGGUCGCGCACAUAGAACAGUUGCAGCGGUUCUGUCCGCAUUGAAUUAUUAUUAUUACUACUUUUUAGAAUUCCCAACACUGGCUGCAUCAGUUAUCGAAUAAUUUGUGUUGCAAUCUUCACCUCUCAUCUGCACACCGCCAAAGGUCCUGACCGCGGUGCAUCGCUCUUCUCGCCACCGCUCGAUCUUUUUAGAAUCUCUCUCUCAUCCUGUUGGUUCCGUCCAACUCUUCACCAUGCUUCCCAAACUCAACCUGGACGGCACACUCAAAAAGCGCACCUCCAGUAUGCAGGAGCGCAUGACAGAGGAAGGUCAACCCGGGGUGUACUCCCCUCGUAUAUCCUCCAGUCAGGUGCCGAAGCUGCCCGCUUGUGAUGCCCGGCUCCCUUCAGCCCCUUCCGCUGCCGCCAACGCGGGCAUCUCCCCCUCCUCCUCCCCUUCCAACUCCACCUCUCUCUCCGUCUCAGGCGGGGCCGUGGUGCUGCCUUCACCGCACUCAUCCCCGCAUGAGAACACGCUCGUGGAGGAGGGGCUCGUGGGCAUCUCCGACCCGGAGAUGGUCUCCAUCUUGGCAGCCAAGUCGCGCCACGGCUCAGUGGAUCGCUCGCCCAGCAGUGACCGCCUCAGCGCCGGCGGCAGCAGUCCUGGCCAAGGCGGCACAUCCCCGCCUGUCAAGCGACGCGCGGCCCCUCUAGCGACCCUUGUGGAUCACCAACAGGCGCGUCAAGCAGUUCCGCAGGCCAACGCGGAUGGCGACGCUUCCAACACAAUCAAGUCAGCCGUUGUAGGUGCCCGUAGCGACGAUGCCGAAGCGUGGCAAGGUGCGGCGGCUUCAGCAUCAACAGCAGCAGCAGCAGCGUCGACUGCCGACGCAAAGCGUCACACCGGCGCAGCGUCCACCUCGCCGCGAGAGUCCAACUCGAAAGGACGCGCACCGACAAGCACAUCUGCCACCACCACCACACCUACUUCUGCUGCGGCGACAGGGGCUGGCGCCCUGUCUGCGUCUGUAGUCACCACCGUGACCGCAGAGGGAGUGUACAUUUCUGGCAAGCCGUUCCACGACUUCAUGAACGCCUACGCGGCUCGUGCGGCGCCGCCGUCAGAGUCCGCGUCACCGGCGGCAGCAGCCGCAACAGGUGGCGGUGUCACGGCGUCUCCUUCGGUCCUGACUACGGCGGGGAGCGGGGCAGCGGCGACGGCCACCACCGCGGCCGGAGCGCACAUCACCACCACCUUCCACCAAAACCCAUCGCAGUACAUCUCCGCGAUCGCAAGUCACGGAGACUUUGUGGCGGUCGGCGAUCGCACCGGGCGGGUGGUGGUGCUGCGGCAACGCGAGAUGGCGACCACGGCACGGCGCACGUUGUUGGAAGCGAUUCAGAAGAGUCAGGAGGCGGAGGGGCAGGAGGGACAUCGCGCUGCGGGUAGCGGCACCUCACCCACCACCUCCUCCACCCCUUCUCGUAAUGUCGGUGUGCUCAAUCACGUGAAGGACCCCUAUGAGUUUCACGUCGCGCAGCAGGCGUACGUACCGGUGAUUGACACACUCAACAGCGUGGAGGUAUCGCCCAACGUGACGGCGCUCGCCUUUCUGCCGCAGAGCAGCCACACCACCUACCUACUUGCGUCCAACGAAAAGGUGCCUAAGUUGUACAAGAUCAUGUCCGUGCGUGAGUCGGCGAACUCCUUCCGUGCGGUGGACAAGAUCGGCACGAAAACCAUCGGCCCCCUCACCGCGAGCUCCCGCGCCUCUACGGUGGCCAUGAAGCCCGUCGCGCGCUACGCCCUGAGCCACGAGUACAACAUUAACUCCAUCUGCCCCAUCGCCUUCAGCGACCAGUUCGCCACUGCCGAUGACGCUGCGGUGCUGCUGUGGUGCGCCGAGUACCCCGACACCUCGAUCGAGACAUUUGACCUGCGCUCGCCCUACGAGGACGGCCCACGGGACGCCAUCCGCUGCGUGCGCACCUUUCCCCACGAGCCGUUUCUCUUCUUUGUCGCCACCUCCGCCGGCACGGUGCGGGUCGUUGACACACGCCAGACGCUCCGCUGGCUGGAGCAGAGUGCGCAGGUCUUCUCAAACCCGACGCGCGAGGAGGACGAGCCGUUCAGCAACGUGACGAAUAGCAUCUGCGACUGCGCCCUCAGCCCGUCGGGUCGCUACAUCGCCGGACGCGACUUUAUGUCGGUGUGCCUGUGGGACAUCCGCAUGGCCGGCGGCGGCGGCUCGCGAAACGCUCCGUCCAGCCCGCGCCGCUCCAUCCCGGCUGCCCGCGCGGAUCAAGGACAAGACUGCGGGGUGGUGCGGCGCUGGGAGCUCUACCCGUCCCUCCGCCCCGAUCUCGAGAGCAUCUACCAAUCCAACUUGCUGUUUGAGCGCUUUGAUGUGCAGUUCUUAUCGGGCCAUCAGGUCUGCACGGGCGGCUUUAACAACACCCUGUACACCAUGAACGUGGAGGCGACGGGUGCCGACAGCAGUGCGGACAUCCGCACCUUCCAGCUGCCGAAAACGGAAGGCAUCUCCGACUUUCGUCGCACCACCGUCUCCGCCCACGCACCGGACGAGGACAGGGCGGGCACGGGGCAGGGUCUUGGCUCGCGCGUGACGCUCAUGACACGCCCCAGCAUGUCGAUGAGCGCCUCGUGUGGUAUGAUGGUGACAUGCGGGCAGGCGGUACUGCAGCUGAGCUACAGCGGCGUAUUGGCAUGA